AUGAAACCACCCCAGAUGCUCGGUUUCGGUGUUUACUUUGCUCGCUCGUUCGCCGACACAGAGGGAAAAGCUCGAGCCGCAGGUGCCUUCAUUGUUGCCGAAAUCAAUAUGGGACAUGUACGAAUGAUUGAGCGCGCACAGAUCGACGAAGUGAGAAACACGGAUUCAUGGUGGAAACAAUUUGAUACGAUUUAUUUGAAACAUGAGGAAGAGAAACGCGAUGAAUUUUGUAUAAAAGAUCCGAGUCAAAUAUUGAAAUGGAUCAUGGUGAUGAAUGAUGGUCGACUGUAG